AGAAGCAUUUUUAAUAGAUAGUGAUAUAGGUAGUAUAGACAAAUAUGCAUCUAACUCUUCUGCUAGUAGUGUAAUAGUUUGUUGUGAAAUUAAUGAUAUAAACUAUUUUUAUUUAUUAUCAAUUGCUGAUAUAGAGGAUAAAGCUG